AUGAGUACAAUUGUCAUUGCACAAAACUAUACUACCGUUAGAACAUCGUACGGUAUUGUUCAAGGACGUACGGUAGAUUACGGUAACGAUAAAAAUCAACUAUAUUACGGUCAAUCCAACAUUUUUCUUGGGAUUCCGUACGCUCAACCGCCUACGGGUGAUCUUCGAUUUCGAGCACCUCGAGAAGCAAAUCCAUACAAUCAGAUUUAUGAUGCAACAUACUACAGGCCGAAAUGCCCUCAGGCGAAUGCGGGAGACUAUGUUAACGAGGAUUGCCUGUAUUUGAACGUUUUCACGCAGAAGGUUGGAAAUCAGUCCUCAGAAGCAGCUGCAGUUAUGGUAUUCAUAGACGGUUCCAACGGAUUUGGCCAAGGCGGUUGGGACUCAACCACCCAAAAGGGAAUGGUCCGCAAUUUGGUGUCACGUGGUGUGGUCGUCGUAACUCUACAGUAUCGACUAGGCGCACUUGAAAGGGUAACGGAUAUUCCUCACUAUUCACAGGCAUCAAAUAACGCUCACAAGAUCUUGCGUCUGGACCUACCUUUUCCCGAAGGAUGA